CACGGGUGUUUCGUCAACGACACUUUUUCCUCAACCGAAGUUACUCAAUUGUGAAUUCCAGAGCUUCCACCAACAUGUUGCCUCGUCAUGCGCUCCUCCAUGCCGCCCGCUGUGCCCCCAAAACGGCGUCACUGACGCGGAGCUUUGCGGCCCAUGCCACGAUCGACGAAAGCACGCUCAAUGGCAUUAGCUUCAAGUUGACUGACACCCAGCGCGAGUUCCAACAGCUCGCGCGUAAAUUCGCGCGCGAAGAAAUGAUUCCUCUGGAGAAACACUACGACCAAACGAUGGAAUACCCUAAGCCGAUCUUUGACAAGGCAUGGGAGUUGGGCUUGGUCAACGGUCACAUCCCCGAGAAAUACGGCGGUCUUGGCCUCGGCUCGCUCGACGGGUGCAUCAUCGGUGAAGAGUUGGCGUACGGCUGCACUGGGAUGAUGACUGCUAUCGAGGCGAACCAUCUCGCCCUCGCACCUGUCCUUGUGGCCGGUAACGAUGCCCAAUGCGCGAAGUACUUCGGUCGGUUGAUUGACGCUCCACGCCAAGCAGCGUACUGCGUCACGGAACCUGGUGCUGGGUCCGAUGUGGCCGCUGCCAAGACGACUGCCGUGAAGAAGGGGAAAUCUUGGGUUAUUAACGGAUCCAAGAUGUGGAUCACAAACGGUGGUGUGGCAGACUGGUACUUUGUUCUGGCCAAGACGGACUCUGGUGCGUCAGCAGGGUCGGCCUUCACUGGUUUUAUCGUGGACGCCAACACUCCCGGCAUCACCAAAGGCCGCAAGGAAAUCAACUUGGGCCAACGGUGCUCGGAUACUCGCGGGAUCACGUUUGAAGAUGUGGUUGUGCCGGAAGAAAAUGUGUUGGGGUCGCCUGGCUACGGCUUUAAGAUCGCCAUGCAAGCUUUCGACCAUACCCGACCGCCCGUGGCCAUUGGCGCCGUGGGUCUCGCCCGUCGCGCCUUCGACGAAGCGAAGAAGUAUGCGCUGGAACGCAAGACGAUGGGAGCGCCUAUUGCGACCCAUCAAGCGAUCAUGUUCAUGCUGGCGGACAUGGCGACGGGCAUCGAAGCCGCGCGCCUCUUGACGUACAAGGCUGCGUAUGAGAUUGACUGCGGCCGCAAGAACACGAUGUUUGCGUCGAUGGCCAAGCGCUUUGCCGGCGACUUGGCGAACGAAGUGGCCGCGAACGCCGUGCAGAUUUUUGGCGGCGCCGGGUUCAACACCGAGUACCCCGUCGAGAAGCUGUUCCGCGACGCCAAGAUUUAUCAGAUCUACGAAGGCACGUCGCAGAUCCAGCGGCUGAUCAUUGGCAAGGAAGUGCUGUCUCGUGCCAACUUGGAUCCUUAGACGAUAUAAAAGGAGAAAGGGUCUUGUAUUAAUGCAUAAUUGAAGCUAAACCUGUAUGAAUUGUUGAAG